CCGGUUUCCUCCCAACUAAACCGGAACUCUACUCGACGUGGUAACAGACUUCGUUGUAACACCUGUUUACUGACAGCAGAAUGACAUGAUGAGAUUGUAGCAUCAUCAGCGCUGAACUAAACACAUCUCAGGGUGAUGGGGCCAGACGGUGCCCCAGGUCCAGCUGUGCCCUGGCGGAAGGUGCUUUGGGAGCGCCAGCCGUUCCCUGAUAACUACGUAGACCAGCGGUUCCUGGAGGAGUUACGGAGGAAUGAGGGCAUCCGGCAGUACCGCUACUGGGCUGUGGUGAAAGAGGCAGGCUUUGUUGGAGAGCAGCUGUCCUGUGUGGCCAUUUUUAUCACCCUCUGGCUCUACAUGGAGCAGGGUCGGCUGUCCCCUGAGACGCUGCUGUGGACCAGCCUGGUCUGCGCCCUGCUGGGUUAUGGACUGCACCAAGCCUUGUCGUCUCAAGUCGAACCAGGCUGUGAGCCCCGGACCCGUCUGGCUGACUUACAGAGUGCAGCUAUUUUUUUUUCCUUCACCUUUGGCUUCUCGCCAGUUCUGAAGACACUAACGGAGUCCGUGAGUACCGACACAGUGUACGCCAUGACUGCUGUGAUGCUGCUGGCCCACCUGGUGUCGUUCCCUUACGCCCAGCCCUCACCUCCUGGCAGCCUCUCCCUGAAUGCAGCCCUGUUUGCCUCGGUGUGUUUAGCCUCCAGGUUACCCGGCGCUCUGCACACCUUCGCCAUGCUCAGCUGUGCCCUGCUGGUGUUUGCUCUGUGGCCCUGCCUGCUGCAAAGGCUGAGGGAGAACGCCCCCAGUCAGUUUACUGGGGUGUGUGUGGGAAUGUGUAUCGGAGGGGUGGGUGGUCUGGGGUCCCAGACGCCAGGGGGAGCCGUGCUCUUAGCCCUGGCCUUAGGGAGUGUUACGUUACUCUGCCCCCUGCUGCUAGUCAGACUGCAGAGGCACAAGGACAACAUCCAUGGACCCUGGGAUGAGGCUGAGAUUCAGGAGGACCUCAGCCACUUCCUUCACUAACGGACAGAGCCAAGAGAAGCACACAUGAUGCUCAACAGAAAUUUAAGCCAAGUGAGAAUUUCAUACAACGAAUUUACUGUCAGUCGGCAGUAUUGUUUUGGUGCUGUACAUCUAAACUAACUAACAGUUUCAUCAUCGGUCCACAUCUGUUUGGACAGCCAUGACAACAUAAAGAUGUUUUUAAUGUUCAAGCUGCUAUUGUCUUAUAAGUGUUGACCUCAGAAUUUUUAUUGAAGGUAUCAACUAACAUGCAAUGCUGACUUUACAUUACUGGACACAUUCUGACUCUAUAUGCACCAAUUUGAUAACAGUGAUGUUUUAAUAAUCUGUGAGAUGUUUUUAUGGUUGUGUACAGUAUGUUGUUGUUGUUAUGAAUGAAUGGACGGAUCCAUUGACCACAGUGGAUUAUAAACUGUAUUAAAAUAAAACAUUAAAAGUACAAAUUCAGAUUUUAAAGGGUUUUGUAAUAAAGAGUUAUUUAAUAAAAUACUUUGGGAUUACCAGAAGGUCAUUUUUACCUGGACUACAGUGGAAGUGUAAUGCAACAAUAAUUAAAGGUUCCAUAUCAUGCUAA